AUGAUGACCAUGACUACGAUGGCUGACGGGCUGGACGCGCAAGACUCCUCCAAAUCCGCCUUCAUGGAGUUCGGGCAGCAGCAGCCGCCGCCGCCGCAGCCGCCGCCGCCGCCUCACUCCCAGCAGAGCUCACCGGCCAUGGCCGGCGCCCACUACCCGCUGCAUUGCCUGCACUCCGCCGCCGGCUCGCACCCGCACCACCAGCACCACCACCACAGCUCGCCCUACUCCGGCACCACCGGUUCCUACAACCACCGCUCUCUGGCCGCCUACCCCUACGUGAGCCACUCGCAGCACAGCCCUUACCUCCAGUCCUACCACAACAGCAGCGCGGCCAGCCAGACGCGGGCGGACGACGCAGAUCAGCAAAAAACCACAGUGAUUGAAAACGGUGAAAUCAGAUUCAAUGGAAAAGGGAAAAAGAUUCGGAAGCCUCGAACCAUUUACUCUAGUCUACAGCUCCAGGCAUUAAACCAUCGCUUUCAGCAGACUCAAUACCUGGCCCUUCCAGAGAGAGCUGAACUGGCAGCUUCAUUAGGACUUACCCAGACACAGGUGAAGAUCUGGUUUCAGAAUAAGCGCUCCAAAUUCAAGAAGCUGCUGAAGCAGGGCAGCAAUCCCCAUGAGAGCGACCCCCUGCCCGGCUCCGCUGCUCUCUCCCCCCGCUCACCCGCUCUGCCUCCAGUCUGGGACGUUUCAGCUUCUGCCAAGGGAGUCAAUAUGCCUCCCAAUAGCUACAUGCCUGGCUAUUCUCACUGGUAUUCUUCUCCACAUCAAGACACAAUGCAGAGACCACAAAUGAUGUGA